AAAUAAGUAUUUCCGGGUUGUUGUCAUGGACGCUCAAGAUGUCUGAAAUAACAAAAAACGAAUGGACGGAACCUAAUACUCUGAUAAACAAGGAUCAUGCAUCUAGCGACUUAUUUGUAAUGUAUUUUUAGGGUACAAUUCACGAAGCGAUCAGGUUUUUGUUUCAAUCUAUGAGUUGGAGUCGUUGUUGAAAACAGCAAUGUCUGGGCGGAUUUUUUCAAAACACAAUCGCGUAACGGUAUCAGCCUUUCUUAUUAUUAGGUCAAUUCGACAAUGUACUGCGAUUUCCACAAAUGCGUGGCAUUAAAAUAGUCUCCUUGUGUUGAAGAUGAAGUUUUUUUGCUUGUCGCUGUGGGGCUGCAUAUCUCAUCAGGAGGAGAUCUUAAAAUAGGUUUGAAUUUGGAAGAACGGCAUGGAGUGGCCAGAAGAUUUUCCCCAAGACCAAGCCUUUGUUGAGCUGGUGGGCUCUUCGCUCUCCUGUGACCUCGACUUUGAGCAGCUCGUCAAAGAUACGGAAGAGAAACUCAAGCUCAAUGCCAACAGUAUUGAAGAGCAUCUGGCGGAGCUGCAGGCCAAAAUGGGAGACUCGCGUAGCGCCGAACGUCCGCCCAGCCCGACCGAAUGCCUGCAGUGGUUCGAUGUCAAAACGCUCAGCAGCGUCAGCGCGGGACAUCGGGAACUCAUGGACUUCUUCACUUGCUUGCAAGACUACCUGAGGUCAAAAGAGGAAGGAAGAGAAGACGCCACGCUGCAGCUCCUACUCAACCUCUCAUCCCAGAGGGGUGUCUGCUUCCCUUGCAUCCCAUCUUCAUCCUUGUCCUUCUCUCAUCAACUCCUUGCCCCUCCCUUUCCCUCCAUACAUACAAUCAAAGAUGACUCGCCGUCCGAGAUCCAAGUGGCGUGGGAAGAUGUCCGUCUUCAGCUCCGCUGCUAUCUGUUGGAGCGGCUGUCUACGGAAAGCGCAGCGACUCGCCGAGCACCUUCCUCGUCCAUCGCGCAACGAGUCCAGCGCCUGGAGCAGUUGUGCUUUUUGUACCCCGAGUGUGAAGUUCUCACUCAUUAUCAGGGACUAAGAGGCCAAGCCAUGCUGGCUCUUCUCCACUCCGCCAUGUCCUCCAGUCCAGCCGGUGUGACCGGCUUUGACCGAGUGACUACGGCCUUCCGCUCGGUGGUCCCGGCCCUCACGCAGGCCCUCGCCGAAGACCUCCGCGUCCUUCCGAGAAUCGUGGAGCCGCACGCCAUCUUGGGCUUCCUAAAUGCAUCCUAUCUCCGGCCCGUGGCGAGCGAACUGUCCUCCCUGCUCGAGAGAGAGCGCGAUACAGCGUUGAGGGACAACACAAUGCUCGGGAGCAAGAUCAAAAGAUACUCGUCCAAGUCUCGAGCAACGGUUGCGCCCAUGGAAGUUCCGGCGAAAAGUCGGAGUUUCAGUCUGACCGCCCACCAGUUGAAGGCCUUAACCCGGCUGGCCUGCUCGCUGCUGGCCUAUGAGAGCGACGUCAAAGAGAUGGUCAACAACGUGAUUUUCCUUAAUUGCACUGGGGAGGCUCCCAGUGUCAAAGGCAUCUUGAAAAAGGCUAAAGAGGAGUCAGAUAUGACAGGAUUAAGCAGGACAUUCACAACACCGACAAUUCACACAUCAGAGGUUCUGGAGUUUGAUUGGAGGUCAGCCUUUAGCGGACUGGUCCCUCAUAUGGCUCACUGUGUCAAAGUGGUGCUGGAUGAUGUUUGUAGCAAGAGUCUUCAGCAGGAGGAAGCCCUUCAUUCCUUGCCUCACUACUCAGUCCCGCUGGAAAGUUUAAGUGGACGCAGGAGCAACCACGACGGCGACAUAAAUGUCACCGAUGACGACUACUCACCGAGAGACACUCCGAGCGUGGUAGCUAAGUUUUGUAUUCCAGUGGUGGACGAGCUGGAUGCCUUGCUACCGCUAGCAACCGCCUGCAAGGACAGCUCUCUCCUGGAGGUUCCAUCAAGCUUCGUGGAGGCCUGCAGCCGGGCAGCGUUAGCCGUGCUGGAACGUUUAGAGCGGAGAGCCCUGGAAGUCCCGUCCUCUCUCCCACUCAAGAACCUGCCUGCUCUGUUGGCCACUUGCAUUUACGUACUCCAUCGAUUGGAACGCUACCACGCGCGGCUGAAGGACUCGACUUCUACUUUAGCCAAAGUCCACUUGAGUUUGCUGCCUGUCCAGAAGUACCAGCAAAGCGUUGAGGCCUUGAAGGACCAACUGAGCAGCUAUUGUCUUCAAGUUUGUUCCACCUGUGUGCUUCAGGAUGCCGAGAGCCACCACUGGGCUGACCCCAAACCGUUUUAUGAGGGUGAACGCUGUUCCUUCUCAGUGCAGAUGUGGUUCUACUUCCUGUGUGGUCUCCGUAGUGAUCUGUGGGCCGUCCUCCCGCCGCAGUUAGCCAAAGAGUUGCUGGGACAGGUUCUGUCGGAAACACUACAGGUGCUGGUGAAGAGAUACGCCAGGGCCCGACCUUCGUAUAAGAGACACCUGCAGAUAAGAUGUGACAUCACAGCAGUGCUGCUGUUCGUGGAGCAUCUAUUGUGGAGCGUGUGCAAAAGUCCCGAGUCCUUGCUCCGCCGCGACCCGUCAUCGGCGGUCACCAUAAUAGCGGGUGGAUCCGACUGGCCCUACCAGAUCCAUAGCUUGUGCGAACAGCUCCUGACGGUCCUCGUCAUCGGCACGGCGCCGCUGACGUUGUUGCACAGAACAUUUACGGAUAACGAUGAGUCGCAGCAGUCGAACAAGCCUGUGCUCCAUUGGCUGAAUGCUCUGGAACCAAACAUCUACACAGAACAAGUCAUACAAGACGGCCUUGUGGGCCAGGAAGCCUCUGAAUGUCAGCUCCGGCUGCUGACCUCUGACCCCGGAAGCAAUCCCAGGUUGCUGCUGCGAAUGCUACUUCACAGAGACUGUCACCUGCCCCGUACGCUCCUGCAAAACUCUUAUUUUUGCCAGGAAAGCCAACCAGAAAUACCCACAGAGGAACGCAAAGCCGGCGAUGCCUUUGUCGUUGCGCUUUUCAACACUUGUACCUGGCUGAGUGACACCCCCAAGGCCUUAACUCACAUCCUUCAACCCUACCUGGAGACUUUGCAUGUAUGGCAACAUCUCUACACUCUGGCAGACACAACUCAGAAAGUGCCGGUCGUGGUGGAUCGUAUCAGGCUGAUAGUCACCAAGUCUACCAACACCAUUCUGGCUCACCUGGUUACCAUGGUAACAGACUGGCAUGCCACAGAGGAGCAAAGUGAAGCCUGGAAAAUUGUUCCGGAAAGUGUCUUGGCUAAAGUGCCCAAAAGCUGGAACUAUGUACCAGUACGAGCAAAGGAGACUGGGAAGGGAGACGCUUCGUUGAAGACUGUCACAUCCCUCAUCAUUCAAGCCAUGUCCUUCAUUUUCACCAACCUGCCGCUGGUCGUAGCGUCCUUGCCCCUCCCCAUCCGCUAUCUCUUCCAAACGGCAGAGAAACGUCUUUCCGAGCAUGCCCGGCAACUACGCUCAGUGGGCCUGUUGCUCUGGUCCUUGUUGAACUGCCUGAUCCACAAUCUCUGGGACUCGCACACACUUGAAGAAAUCAGUGGGCUAGCCUUGAACGGUCAGGCCAAGGAUCGCCUGGGCCUGUUGGCUGAGUGUCUGCAGGCUUCAAUCGGGAUUCAACAGAAGGGUGUACCCAAAAGCACGGUGCACAAGGUGCUGCAGACUCUGGAGGAAAAAAGACCAAAGUGGAUAAACGUGCAGCUGCAGAAGGCCCGCAAACUCUGCAUAAACAGCGUCCAUGAGCGAGGAGGCAAGGAAAGUGCGGCCGAACUGACCGAGCAGAAAAUGGACCUGAUGCUGCUGGAGGUCUGCCACAAAGCAGGGGGCAGCCACUACCUGAGGCACAUCCAUCACAUCAUCCAAGGCAAUGAGGAUUUGCUGAUGUCCAAAUUGAGCGGUAACACGGACUUGCCCUGUGAGCCACCUCGUCUGGUGAGCUUUGACGUCGGUGAUCGUUUAGGCAUCACCAAAUUCAACCCCCUUGAGCAGUUUGACCGAAUCGGCAAAAAGAAGCUGGAUCAGGUUGCUAUCGUUGAGUGGACGUGGGAGUGGACAAGGCUGCUGCCAGCGUAUCAGGACAUGUGCCAAAUCACCUUCAAAAAUCUGCUGGCCAACAGGUGGGAGAUGCGGGAAGGUGCUGAGCUGGAAGACGAGGAGAAAAUAAUGGUUGAGGAACUCCAAAGAGCCUAUUUUGUUUGCCACUGCGACGCGGGACUGCAGGAGUCUCGUGAAGCAGAUGAAACCACGGCUGAGGGGACCCAAGGGGGAGCGCAAGCAUCCGAUAAAAGCGCUGCCCAAUAACAGUCCGAGCAGUUGGAAUUUUUAUCGUGUUGUAAAUGUUUAGUUGUAAUACGCACUUGCGGCUCUCAAGGUAUUAGAGUGUGCGUGUGUGUGUUGUGUCAUGCUGGUGUCGGCUCGUACAGUACGCACGUGCAUUUUGCUUCAGACUAAAUGCGUCGCUUCUUCUCCGCACCGCAUCAGUCACAUUUCAUCUUUUUGGAGCGCAUCCGUUCUGGGAAAUGGAUUUGUUUGCCCGGGACAAGAUGGGACUUGUGUGAUCAUUGGAGAUUUUUAUUAUUUUAGGCAACUUGUGUAAAGAUGUUGGCGUCAGCAUACUUUUUUUCUUGCUUUCUGUAAAAAAUAAUAAUAAUAAGAGCGAUGAUGUUUGUUUUGAUUGCAGCCCGUUCCAAAAUCGACCUCACGCUAUAAUGUCUGUCAGUAUUGUGCAACCCAAGAAGUAUUUUCGAUGUAAUGAGAUGACUAAAUGUAAAACCCAUUUGACAUACACUACCGUUCA